UUUUCAACCAUGUUUAAAACUGUGUAUCUCUUGUAAACAUUUCCCUUUUUGCAUGUUUUGUACAAGCUCAUGUGUUGAGCUCAUGGAGUGAAUCACUACCUACGCUCACACACUGGACUCAAAGAUGGACAUGACAGACGAUAACCACAUGGAGGGGAUAGAGAUGGCGAUGGAGACAGAGAACAGGCAAACUAUGGAUAAUGACUUUAUUGUCAGACUGUCAGAUGAGACACACCAACAUCUGAAAUUCAGUGAAGUCCAUUCCAGCAGCUGCAAAAUGGUCAAAGUGAGAUCCAGACCCAGACUCGAGUCCACAAAAAGUUUCCCCCCUUACAGUCAGUGUAUAGGUGGACUCGGUGAGGACAAUAAGCUCAAUUCAGAAUCAGGCAAUACGAUGAGGGAAGACAAGAAUGAUGUCUUACAAGGCACAGAAAGAAAAGAGGACUUUGAAUUGAACGCAAGAUGUGCAAGGGAUAAAGUUAAGGCAAAAUGGAGGAUGAGGAGGAAGGAGAGGUUAGGUGGGAGCUAUGAAGUUGAUGCAGACGGAUGGGAGAGGGGAAGGUGGAGAGGGAAAAGAAGGGUUGAAGAGACUGGAAGAGAGAGGGAGCCUAAGGAUGGGGAAAGUGAAGGGGCCUUAAACAGUGAGUGGAAACACUGGAGAGGUAAAAACUCCAGUUUUGAGACAGAAAGAAAAGAAAAAGAGGAUGAAGAGAGAAGGAAAUCCCCCGUUUCAGCAACAGAAGGAGAAAGCGAGGGGAGCGGGAAGACCCCAGAGGGGAACAAUGAAGAGGCUGAGGUCUCCACAACACAUCAGUGGUCCUCCCCACAUCCAAUCCUCUCCAAGCUUUUGCACUCCUCCAUCUCCUCCUGCUCCUCCAUCAACCUCUCAUCAACAGAGAGUGAUGAGGUUUUCAGCGAAGGAGAGGAUGUUGACUCAAAGAGGAGGGCGUUCAAGAAGAGCCGCUCCUGGAAAACCUACCUGACCAUGAUGCACUGGUCGCUGCGGCGGCAGAGCUCCUGGGUCCAGCUCGCUGGACAUCAAGGUAACUUCCAGCUGAGUGAGGGAGGGGAGGUGUUGAAACUGUACAGUGAAGAGGAGGCAAAGUGCUUGGACAGCCUGAUGACAGACCUGCUGAGACCCUUUGUCCCGCAGUACCACGGCUUGGUCACCAAGGGGGAGCGCGUCUACAUCCGCCUGGAGGACCUACUGAGUGGCCUGAGGAGACCUGUCAUCAUGGACUGCAAGAUGGGAGUCAGGACAUACCAGGAGGAGGAACUGAUCACAGCCCGGACUAAGUCCACCCUGCGGAGUGACAUGUACCAAAAGAUGCUGAAAAUAGACCCAUCCGCUCUGUCGGCAGAGGAACACGCACAAAAAGGGGUGACCAAGUGUCGAUAUCUUCAGUGGAGAGAUACAACCAGUUCUACAUCCAUGCUGGGCUUCAGGAUAGAGGCCAUCAUGAUGGAGGAUGGCAGUGUCCAACGGGACUUCAGGAAAAUUCUGACUUUAGCUCAGGUCACAGAGGCAUUGCUCUACUUCACCAGGAGUCAGCUGGACAUCCUGAAAGCGUACCACUCCAGACUCCUGGCCCUGAGCGAUGCGCUGAAGAAUUCACUAUUUUUCAGAACCCAUGAGGUGAUUGGCAGCUCGCUUCUGUUUGUCCACGACCACAGCAGCAAGGCCAACGUGUGGAUGAUAGACUUUGGGAAGACGACACCCGUGCCUGACCCAAGCGAGCUCCGGCAUAAUAUCCCGUGGGCCGAGGGGAGCAGAGAAGAUGGCUACCUCAUCGGUCUGACCUCACUCAUCACUUCUUUGAGCCAGGCCAUCAGUGUGGCCUCCUGGAAGCAGGACAACUGUGGAGAAGGAAAUAGUGAAGGCACCACUUAAACAACACUUAAAUUCAGGAUUAUGUGGAUUAUGUGGACUACUGUUGUUACACUUGGACCCUGUUGUGUUGAUUCAUUCACUGGAAAAGACAACAAAGGAGGAUUUGUUGAUGGGGAGUCUGUCUUCAUAGGCUGAGGAAGAGAAACAAAGGAAUACAAUUCAGUAAAGUUCAUAGAAAUGUUAUGUGGUUGUCUUCUAUUGUAAUCUGGCAUGGAACAGUGGAGACAAUGUGUUGUUACAUACUUCUUUUUUUAUUAUUUAUAAGGACCAAAAACUAAUUUUUUUUGUGUUGGUCUACAAAAACUCAGAUCUUGCCUAUGUUGCAACACAUGCUGAAUUUAUUUGUUUACAGCCGCAUAGGAACCCUAAUGGGCCAUACACACAAACACACACAUUUAUGGCUGAACAGCCUCAUGUUCUACAUCUAAUACUGUAAGUCUUAUCUUAAAACAACUAACCAUACAAAGAAACAAACAUUGAUAAAAUAUUUGUUAUAUUAUUAAGGAUUUGAAUUAUUUUCACAUGAUGGGGCUGAAAUGUUUGUCUUUUCAUGGUCUUAUAGGCUGUAAACAAUGAUAGACCUUCACAUAGACAAUCCAAGCUAAGUGAAAUGAAUGAAUGCCUCUAUCUGCUCACUCUUU